AUGAAGAUCACAGCCAUCUUUGCAGCGCUCGCUGUGCGAGCUGCCGCCGUCGGUGUCACCGGUGCAGCAGAGGGUUUCGCCAAGGGCGUCACUGGUGGUGGCUCUGCCACACCUGUCUACCCAAGCACCACAUCCGAGCUGGUCUCGUACCUUGGUGACUCUUCACCACGUGUGAUCAUCCUGACCAAGACCUUCGACUUCACCGGCACAGAGGGAACUACCACCGGUACCGGCUGCGCUCCUUGGGGUACUGCCGCUGCUUGCCAGGUUGCCAUCAACCAAGACAACUGGUGCAAGAACUACGAGCCGAACGCACCCUCUGCCCCUGUCAGCUAUGACAACGCCGGUGUGCUCGCCAUCACCGUCAAGUCCAACAAGUCCAUUGUUGGUGAGGGCAGCAAGGGUAUCAUCAAGGGCAAGGGUCUUCGGAUCGUCAGCGGUGCGAACAACAUCAUCAUCCAGAACGUCGCUAUCACCGACAUCAACCCCAAGUACGUCUGGGGCGGUGAUGCCAUCACCAUCAACAACGCCGACAUGGUCUGGAUCGACCACGUCACAACCGCUCGCAUCUCCCGCCAGCACAUUGUCCUCGGCACCGAUGCCUCCAAGCGCGUCACCAUCUCCAACAGCGUGAUCGACGGCACCAGCCAGUACUCCGCCACCUGCAACGGCUACCACUACUGGGGAAUGUACUUCACCGGAUCCAGCGAUAUGAUCACCUUGAAGGGCAACUACAUCUUCCACACCAGUGGACGUGCGCCCAAGGUGCAGGGAAAUACUCUUCUGCAUGCUGUUAACAACUACUGGUACCAGAACGUCGGCCACGCGUUCGAGAUCGGUGCGGGUGGAAAUGUUCUCGCUGAGGGCAACGUGUUCCAGAACAUUGCGGCUGUCGUUGAGUCGCCGAUUUCCGGACAGUUGUUCACCUCCCCUGAUACCAACACCAAUGCUGCUUGCACCGCGUCUCUUGGCCGCGCGUGUGUGCUUAACGGAUUUGGAUCUUCCGGAGCGUUCAAGCAGGCGGAUACUGCGUUCUUGGUCAACUUCGCUGGCAAGAACAUUGCGUCCGCGACGGCUUAUACUUCCGUUGUUGCGAGCGUUAAUGCCAAUGCUGGUCAGGGCAAGCUGUAA